AUGCCAGCAGCCCGCACAACACCAAAGGACGUCUUGAUACGCGUUCCAAAAGUAGAACCUUACUCGAACAGCUACCUUCCUCCAUCAGUCCGUGCUAAAGAGGAAGCAAAGAAGCUUGCUUCUGCUGCUGCUGCAACAACAACAACAUCAAGCGCCGAGGGAACAGGGCAAGUUGGAACAUCUGUAGCUGCAGGUGGUGCCACCACUGAUGCAUCCACCUCUGCAUCAAGUACUGCUGCUCCAUUAGAUGCCGCUGCUGCACUUGCUACACCUAGUGCAGCCGCUCCGCCGCUCGCAUCUACAGACACUGCCGGUGCUCCUUCGACAUCCACUGACCAGCCAAGCACAGCUGCAGCAGAAGGAGAGAAAGAGAAAGAUCGGAGCGAAAGGGGUAAUUCACCCACCCUCCCCUUCCUCUCUGUAGAAAGGCAAGAAGAUGAAACAGUACAACUUUCCAAAGCAGCCACAUCUUCAGCUGCAUGGAACUCUUUACUCCUAUGGGCAAGACGUCAGAGAGGUGCGCAAUGGGAUGCUUCGACAGCCUUGUGGCAGGUGAACAAGUAUAGUAAAGAGUAUUAUACUUUCUGUCAGGAUCCAGCGACUAAGGAUCCUUCCAAGCAGCCUGCAGAUCCCAAGCAAGGAGAGAAAGCGAAGCAGACUUUAACAGCAACAGCACCGGCAACAGCAACAGGGCAAGAGGAUCAAGACAAAGGCCCAACAAAAGUUUCGUCAAGCAACAAAGGCGAGGAUACAGGAGCAGCUGGAGGAAGCCCACCUGUCGCGCCAUUGGGAAGGACUGUACGGCUCGUUCGUCGUCCGUGA